AGUGCUAAGCAGAAACAGGGAUUGAUAUGAGGAGAAAGGACUCUAGAGAGGGAGAGAAAGUCUUGGAAAUACGCUGCAGCUGUUUUACCACCACUGACAUCUCCUCUGGGAUCACUUCAGCCCCCUAUGAGCAGCUUAACAUUGGCUAUGGCAAUGCCUGCGACCUUUCUGUCUGAAGACCAGUUCACCUGCUCGAUCUGUCUGGAGGUGUUCAACAACCCAGUCUCAACACCAUGCGGCCACAGUUUCUGCCAGGCCUGCAUCUCCUCCUACUGGGAUGGAGGAGGAGGGGCCAUCAAGUUCUACCAGUGUCCCCUCUGCAAGGAAUCCUACCGCGAGCGACCAGAGCUCCAUAUCAACCGAACCCUAAAGGAAAUCACUGAACAGUUCAAGGAGAUAGCCGACAUUGGAGAGCCAAUAAAUGGAAGAGGUGGAGGAGGAGUGGAGGAUCAUCACCUGUCUCCACCCCAGAGGCCGGGGGAGAUGCCAGAUACCAUCUUUGCUGAGAUGAUGACCCGUUUUCAGCGGCUGCCCUAUCCAGAUGUACCUCACCCCCAAAGCCCCAAUGAGCACCGCGACCCGCCUCCACCCUACUCACCUCCACCCUACUCACCUUCCCGCAGGUUCACUCUGAGCGGUCCAAGUGACUCUUCCCCUAAUCCGCCUCUGUGUCCCAUCCACCUGAGAGGGCUGGAGUUUUUCUGUCGCACUGAUAACACCUGCGUCUGCUGCAUCUGCGUGGAGACAGAAGAGCACCGAGGACACAGUGUCAUCCCUGCUAAGAGAGAGUGGCACAUCAGGAAGUCCCAGUUGGGUAUUGCAGAGGUGGAGCUGAAGGAUCUCAUCCGUGAGAGAGAGAGGAAAGUGGAGGAAAUACACAACUCCUUACGAGAGAUACGGGCUGCUGCUGAGAGAGAGACAGACGGAGCUGUUGGUGUGUUUUCCAAACUGAUCUCCAGUUUGGAACGUUGCCAAGCUGAAGUCUUGGAGGUGUUGGAGAUGACUCGGCGUGCGGCUGAGCACAGAGCUCAGGGCCUGCUGAAGGAGCUGGAGGAGGAGAUAGCUGAGCUCAAACAGAGGAGUACAGCACUGAGCCAGCUGGCUGUGUCUGACGACUACAUACUCUUUCUCAAGACGUUCCCUUCCCUGUCCACCCCUCCGCAAGCUAAGGACUGGUCCAGUGUCUCUGUGGUAUCUGAGCUGACCUCAGGGGGGAUCCUCAGGACUGUCAAUCAAAUGAUGGAGCGCUUUCAGGAAGAGAUGAAGAAACUGCCAGAAGUCUGCCAGCGAUCCUCGUUGGGCCAGUCCGUAUCCAGGCCCAACCCAAAGGUGAGGAGGGUUCAAGAAUAUGCAGAAGACAUCACUUUAGACGCCAACACAGCCCACCCACGUCUCAUGAUCUCAGCAGAUGGGAAGCAGGUGCACUGUGGCGACAACCAUCGGUCGGUAUCCGACAACCCUGAGCGCUUUGACCGGGUGGUGUGUGUGCUCGCCAGCCAGGGCUUCAGCUCAGGACGGCAUUAUUGGGAGGUGGAGGUGGGAGGAAAGACCGACUGGGACCUGGGAGUGGCAAGGCGGUCCAUCAAUCGGAAGGGCAAGAUCACUGUAAGCCCUGCCCAUGGCUACUGGUUCCUCAGCCUGCGGGAUCGGACCGACUACGCCUUCCGAACAGAGCCCUCAACCAACCUGACAGUCAGCCUCAGACCGUCCCGGAUUGGAAUCUAUGUGGACUGUGAUAAGGGACUAUUGUCCUUCUACAACGUGGAGGCCAGAUUGCUCAUCUAUACAUUCACAGAUAUUUUUUCUGACACCAUCCAUGCGUUCUUCAGCCCCUGUACUAAUAAAUCAGGACGGAAUGAGGCUCCACUAAUCAUUUGCCCUGUUGCAAUGACAGAAUGAACUGAGCCAACAAGUUAAGGGCAUUACAAAUGCCUCUACAGGCUUUCAUAUAUGUUGGAAGAAGACUGAGAUGCAAAACAUACCUCUGGAACAGAUUUGAUCACACCUGCACUUCAUUCCUUCAUUGCAAUAGUGAUGAUGAGCAGUUAACUUUAGGCUAAGAUGUCACUGAUGAGGUUGUUUUAUGGGCCAGUGUCAAAAUUUUAGAUUGAAGUCAGCAGUUGUCAAUAUUCGGUUCUAACAUUCAGAAUCUUCGGGUUUGGCCCUAUUUAGUGCUGAAAAAUUAAGUAUUCAGACAGACUGGAGCACAGAGACUCCCUCAUCUGAAACCCAGGGCAACACACUAGAAAUCAAAAUAAUUUGAUGGAUGAACAGUAUAUUAUACAUGGCCACAGAUAGCUUGUUAACAGCAUGGAUGUAUUUUGAGAACUGGAUACUGGAAUCCAAGAUGGUAGCCCUACCCAUUCAAUCAAUUUAUCCAAAUUUUAGGCUUCCUCUGGCUUCCAUUUUUUUGGGCCCAUAAAGCAUGCAUACUAGAAUCCUUCUCUGGCCGAGCUGGUUUAAAGCGUGCACAUUAAAGAUUUCCUCUGGGUGAGCUGUCUGACUUCCUGUUGGCUCAUGUGAGUGGAAUUUAAAUAAUUGACUAACGUGGCUCUUCGAAAGUCCAAUUGUAUCCAAUUCAUCUAGUUAUUUCAGGUUGUUUCUGUCUGUGAUUUGAAUUCUUUCAAAAAUGAUGUAGUAGUUGUAACGUGACACUACUGUAAAAACCUUUUGUUAUUAUUAUUAUCAAUAUUAUUAUUUUUAUUAUGUUCGCUUGUAUAUCGUCUUUAUCUUUUAACACAAUGGUUUACUGGAGUCUUAAUUUUAAACCUACUGAUCAUCAUUUUUACAGUGUGGGUGACGAUGAAAGAUACCCAAAUGAAUUUUCUUCCAGCUCACUGUCCACCACAAAUUCAAAAUGUUUACAGCAGGGUGUUUGUAUUCUGUUGUCAACAGCGAACAAUUAAUUAUAGAUUCGAUUAAUAUAUAUUAUAGAAGUGACGUGAUGAUGCGAUUUAAACCUUGUUCUUUUUUUUGUCUUUUCUUUCUUUCCAUUUAAAAUGUUAUGUAAUGUAUCAGUCUUAAGAAUCUCCUGUGGUCCUAUCUGCUUCUCAAGUGAUCCUCUAUGGAAAUGGAAAGUCUUAAACUUGGGACAAACUUGAAGACCAGCUGAAACCUGUCUUAUAAACCUUAUGACUGAGUUACUACCCUUGCAAAACCUGCGAGAACGCCAACUGUCGUCUUUAAAAGGUAAAGCUAAAGCAGCAUUUAAAGCAGUAGGGGAGACCGGGGGCAAUUGUAACAUCUCAAUUAUCUCCAAUCAGAAACGAGACAGAACCAUGAAACUCAUUAUGCACAUGGUCUGUGAUGAUCCCUCUCUGCUUGCUAAAGGACAAACUGAUGUCUCAUACUUAUCAAAGUUUCUCAGCCAAGACUCAUUUUUGAGGUAUAAAAGUAAUGUUUUUUUUUAUCUGCAGUAUUUUCCUCAUACAGUCUUAACCUUUAAUGUCUAUGAAUUUAAAUCUGUCUAGUUUU